AUGCUCCAUGAUUACCCAUCUGAGGACUUGUAUCCACCCUCAACGCCUGAAAGCCAUGAAGAACGCAUUAGGAGACUCGCACGAGGAGUUGGUUUGAGGUGGGAUUCGGAGGAUGGGUCGGAUGAGGAUACAGAUUCAGCAGAGAUGAAUGGUGUCGAAUGCGAGUCCAGUGGUGCUCUGGGCUCGCCGCUUCCUGCUCUCGACAUUUCGCAAGCAUAUGAACAUGACGACUUCGAGCAUACAGCACAUAAUGACCCACCCUCUCGCCGCGGCUACUACAACACAACUUGCGAGACUUGUGGUCUGUCUGUACAGGUCACGGACAACACAGAUUACUUCAUGCAGCAGCAUCUGCGGAGCAAGCGGCAUAAGAAAGAGAUGAGCAAACAGCAAGCAGCACAGGAAAAGGAGCUCGCGGACAGCGUACGCAAUGAACAUUUCCCUCAUCCUAUCAUCGCAUCAGACCUAGAGCGCCCUGAACCGUCUCCACCGCCCGCAUCCAUGCCCUACGAGACGCGAUGCCAGCCCUCACGCGCUCCGGAGUCAAAUCCUGCUGCUGUAGUGUCAGUGCGGGACCAUGACUACGACACAGAUACAGACCAUCCAGACGGCGCGACGAUGUCGAAAGCUUGUGAAGGAACCGUCGUGCAAUGGAGUGCGGGGCCGGUGAUGAAGACAUUCCCGUGGCAAGUCAUGGAAAUUCGCCGAGAACAGCUUGGGUUCCACGUCAGCGGACUGAAGAACAACGGAACAGAGCUCUGGAUGCAGUCCGACGAUUGUGAAGAGGAGGUUUUAGUUGACGAGGAAGCCUGCUCACCCUGUCUACGUGUACCGGUGUCCCGCGCCUUCCGUUUGCUCGCUGAAAGGGCCAAUCAGCCAUGGACACCGCACACACCGUACGCGUGGCUAAACUCGGUGCAAUCCGAGGCUGCAUUGAAUGUUAAGUCGACAGAGAUCAGCGAGCUCCGAUCCAGGGAGCAGGCCGGGAUCAAGAAGCUAAACCGUACUGUCCAGAAGUUGAACGAUUGGAAGCGUUUAGUCAAAGCUAUCGCAACACACGACGUCAAAAACGUACAUCACCUUGUUCGGAUUGCUCUCAAGCAGAACUGCGGCCCGCGGGAAAUCGUCGAACGGUUCUUCAAAGCUCUUGAUCACGUCUACCACGCUCGAGGUCAAAGCGAGGACGAUAUCGACCUUGCAAAGCUAAUUGAACAUUAUGCGGGGCGGAAUGGAUUGUUCGCCGCUCAGAAGCACCUUGGCUUACCAUCCUCGUCAUCGCUACAUCGCCUAGCCAAGACACCUCCCGUUCAGCCAUCCUCAGGAAAGCUGCGACCCGCCGAGCUCACCCGGAACAUUCAUGCACGCUUUCCACCGGGUGCGCCGCACUCAAGAGCAAAAUGCGGCUACUCCUUGUCCGCUGACGGGAUUGCUAUCGAGCGCCGGAUGCGAUGGGUGAAGUCAAUUGACUGCAUGGUUGGCGCAUGUCGGGAGCACUGCAGUGGCCUCGAUAUGUCGAUGUCAAACUUUAGCUGUGUUCUCGAGGUUGCGGAGGCGAUGCACGGCGACUCACCGACGUGUCAUUAUGGGUCAGAUGCAACUGUCUUUGGCAUGGCACCGUUCCGGGGUGAUAAUUACCAUAUUGUCCCGAUUGCGGUCUCUGCAUCUUGCAAAGCCGAGAAGGCUGAAGAAUUCGGUGACAUGAUUGACAUGUCCAUAGAUGAAUGGGACACUCACGCUGCUGAGGACUGGGGUAAUAUGUGGACCUUCUCAUGCGAUGGUGCCUCGACGUUCCGGGGCGCGUGUUACAACCGCUUGAUGGUUCGCGAAUUCGAUCGUUCUGGUGCACUGUAUCGGAAGCUAUCCCAUCUCAAAGGGCUCAACCUAAGCUGCGGGAAGAGUGACGUUGUUCAUGCUCCAGACCCAAAGCAUCUGAUCAAACGGGCAGCGACACAUGUACGGAGCAUGGACGGAUCAGUAUUGAAUAGUGUCAUCAUCAACCGUAUGGUUGUCACACGUUUCCUGCGGAUGCUUCCCCAUCAGACCCACACAUCCGUCGACAUUCUGGUAGAUCCGGCAGACCAUCAAAAUGUACCACGCGCCAUAAAGCUUUUGCGAGCUGUCAUUGAACUCUCCGAAUCAGAGCUUCCAGGCCUGAAACCGACAGACACAAUCACGUACCAUGCUAUCUGCCUUCAGGCAGCUCUGUGGCAGUCGCUCCUAGACGCGUUCAUGGACCCGUUACUCUCACUUUCGGAUCAACUCACCCACCUGUCAAAAUUUGCGCACAUGUCCUUCGCCCUCUACCUGCAACACGGAUCAGCAUUCCUGUCGAAUCAACUCUACAGUGACAUACAGGCACUGAUCAAAGCGGUCUACGUCUGUGUGGCACGGCAGCAACUUCUCGAUGACGCACAACCGUUUUAUCUGUAUCAAGUCGGCAGCGACAGGCUUGAAGAGCUAUUCGCAGAGGUGCACACGCAGUCGCAUGAUAGGAACUGCGAUAUGGCACAGCUUGCCGAACGUCUUGCGAUAUCCGCUGAGAUUGUCGAUAUCUACAAUCGACAUCCAGAGUGGAACCGAGGUCAGCGGCGGCGAUCAUUUACAGGACGUGAAGGUGUGGACCAUGUCAAUCCGCGGUUCUACACAGGCGACAUGACGGUGCGGAACGUUAAUCUCGGGACGGUGUGGCACUCGGGCCUCAUUGCCGCAGACAAGGCUCUUCGCUCGCGAGGGGUUCAUGUCAACAUCACCGACAAGCUAUCAUGUCCCAAGACCGAUUUCAUGCGGCCACGAGGCGACACAUACCCGGGAGUCUCGACGGAUCCUGAUCGGUCCGUUGAUGCUAGCUCUGAAGCCAGGCCAGCAGUCGACACCAACCAUGCACAGGGAAUGGAGCCCGCUGAACAUGAGUCUGAGUCGGUGGACCCAGACCUCGUGAACAUGGAGCUGCGCGACUUGCUAUCAAGCCCGGAUGCCAAUGGCAAUGUCCAGACGUCGCAGGAAACUGAUUCAGACUGGCUAUGCGUACCUGGCGAGGACGGAAACAACCCCAAGGAACUCCACAAGUCAUCUAUUGUGAGCGGCCUCUUCAACCCAGCAGGUGGUCGUCUCUCCGUGGAUCGCCUUCGUCGUGUUCGAGGGUUUCCACGCGUGUUUCGUGCAUACUCCAUGCGGAACGAGGAGCUGACUGGAGAGGAUGUUGUGAAUGUUGGUGACACUGUCCUAGCUCCAUUCCGUUCGCUUGACUCCGUGGCGGCUGGCUUCAUGCAAGUGAAGGGUAUCGAGAGGAAAGGGAGUCGUAUCGCACAAGUCAGCGAGGCGGACCUUGAGGAUGUCUCGUCAGCUGUCGUGUUGACGGGACAACUCUUAUCCAUGAUACCGCAGUCCGAAAGUGACGAUUUGGGCCCUGUUGAGACUACUCCCGCUCAGGGAAUUGCCGUCAGAGAUGGCGGCUCAUUGGCAGAGCCUCAGUCCCACUCACGGUCACCCAUCGGGUCGUCGAUGGCGGUUUCUUGCGGGUGGCUUUGGACUGGCGAUUCUGUUCGGUUCCACUCAGCGAAUACAGGAGCAGCAACACGUACCGCACAGAAGACAGAUGAAGGAACACGCAACUCCCUAUCCGUUCAUGUCCCUGGCUCUCUCUCUCAGCCUGUUGACAUGGCUGUUGUGCCGAUUGCGUCACUCCCCCCUCUACAGCGCCAGGCCUUCAGUGACCGUGGGGCACUGCAUACAUGUUCUGUCGAUCAAAAAACGCUUCACGAGCUCACUGCGAACCUAUUCAAGUCAGUCGAUCCCGCCUCGUUGGUCAGCCGACUCACAAGAUACGGGCCUGCGGACGCAAAGCGCUUCCCAUAUCUUGAUAACAACGGAAAUGCGCCAUUUCUGGUUGACAGCGCCAUGCGCUUGAUCGCGGAGAAGAAUGAAGGCGGCGUAACUGGUAAUCGCAUCCAAUGUUAUCAAUGCGGCCGUGUUAUCCCCCCUGAAAUGUGCCGAACGCAUGUUGGCGAGCACAUAUUGCGUGCAAUCCUUGAGGUCCCAGAGGCAAACUUGCGCGAACAGAUUCAUUCGGUGUACCCGUGCGGUUUCUGCGGACGAACCGGGUGUAAUAUAGACCUUUUGAAGACGAGCUCGUCAUAUCAGCCGGCAUCAAACUGUCCACACGCACACAAAUUCAACCUGGCUCCUGCGAAGAAGUACUCGGCACGCAUGCCAUCGACCAAUGUCCCUCUGCAUUGCGAUCUUUGCGAAACGGAUCCCACAACGAAGAAGAAACCAACAUUCUGGAAGUACAACAUAUUCAAUCAUAUUCAAGAUAAACACCCACGGAACUGGGAAGCAGGAACACGUCGCACGAAAGGCCUCAGCAAAGCUUUCAUCGCGUCGAUUGACAUUGAUCCGCGAGAGCUUACAGCGAUCGCCCCAAGUGCAACACGUAUCUAUCCUAUCCCUGACGCAGAGGCCGACGCACAAUCACAGCAGGACGGCAUGUCAACCGCUAGCAAGCGUCCUGGCGAUGCUACAGUCGAACGUCGUGCUAGCAAACGCAUUAAGCUCUAG